AUGUUCCGGCUUUUCACAUUUUUUUUGUACGCAUUCCUUGCAUUGGAGAUAUAUGGAGCAAUAGCUAAAUGUAAGGAUCCGGUGGCAUCCGUUUGUAUCCUGGAAGAUGCCCCAACGCAGUGCGGGUCGUUCUGUGUAGCCGCUCUGGGACCCCUAUUUAAUAACUUGAGUACGCUCACAAUUAUCUCAAAUGAAACCCAGGCAAGAUUGGACAGAAUUGAGACUCAACUGGCCACUCUGCUGGAGUCUUUGGAGAAGAAGAUCCUGCAGGACAACGAUGACAAAUCAAGCAGGAGAGAAAAUCAAACAGUCCUAGAAAGUGCACUUCAAGAGGUGCCGGAAGGACAGUGCCAAAUUAAAACAAUCGUCACGCAGAGGUUUGAACUAAUUGGCCUGAGAUUCUUUUACAUUGAGGAAAGUAAAUUGAAUAAACAAAAUUGGACUAAUGCGGUUAAUACAUGUCGCCAGAUGGGCGGCCAGCUAGCAUCCAUUGCAAGCCAAGACGAGUUCAAUGCCAUCAACUCGAAACUCGAUCCUGAGUACUCCUACUGGCUGGGUAUCGACACUCAAGCGAAUAAUGGAGAUUACGUAUCUGUAGCCUCUGGCAGCAAAAACUCCUUUUUAAAGUGGUCAGUAGGUGAACCCGACCUCACGAAGAAGUUUCCUCACUGCGUUUCCGUGUUCGACAAAUUCAUGUUUAUCGACGAAUGUGACAGAAGAUUUCGAUUUAUUUGCCAGGCAGAUGAUGAGGUCUAG